AGGCUACCAGUGUUGAGGAUUCCGCGGAUAUAAAGCGGUCAAAAGCGUAUACUAGGCACUAGUGCGCGUUGCCAACAUCGCUGAGAAAAUGGAUUUCAAGAUGAUCCUAUCUGUAUUAUUUUUCCUAUUUAACCUCACCCACGCCGGUGUAAUCCCUGCUAUAAACGUCCUGCAAGGACCUAGCAGCAAAACCGUCUUACUAGGACCAGAUGGAAGUUCCAUCGACUCUGUAGCACCAGGAGGUACAGUCGUCAUCGACGAACAAUCACCAGGUUUAAUAGCUGCACCUGCCCAAGUUCCUCUAGGUCCUGAAUUGGUAGUCAGUGGCCCAGCAGGAUCGAUCAUAACUAGCUACACGAAUGCAGGUCCUGCUGCAGUACCGAUUGAAAUUCCUGCUGCAGUCGCUUCGGCUUCUAUUCCUCCACCUACUGCAGAAGAAGGAGCUUAUGUUCCUGAUAAUACAGAAGCUUUGUACGAUGAUGGUUCUUAUAAAGGUGAUUCGUAAAAACAGUUAAAAAUUUCGUGAUAUUAAAUAUAUUAUUAGUAACA